GGAGAGACAGAGGGCCACCUACAUGAAAGAGAGAUUCUAGGACACCAACAAGAAGGAGAGAUGGAGGUCCACCAACAAGAAGGAGAGACAGAGGGCCACCAGCAAGAAGGACAGACACAAGGACAUGAACAAGAAAGAAGGACUCUAGGACACCAACAAGGAGAAGACAUACAUAUAUACCAACGAGGAAAGACACAGGUCCACCAACAAGAAGGAGAGACUCUAGGACACCAACAAGGAGGAGAUACACAUGUCCACCAAAAAGGAGUGACAGAGGACCACCAACAAGAAAGAGGAACACAAAUCCAUCAACAAGGAGAGACACAAGUCCACCAAAAAGGAGUGACAGAGGACCACCAACAAGAAAGAGGAACACAAAUCCACCAACAAGGGGAGACACAAGUCCAUCAACAAGAAAGAGAGACUCUAGGACACCAACAAGGAGGAGAUACACAUGUCCACCAACAAGGAGAGACACAUGUCCACCAACAAGGAGGAGAUACACAUGUCCACCAGCAAGAAGGAGAGACAGAGGGCCACCAACAUGAAAGAGAGACACAAGUCAACCAACAAGAGAUAGGGACUCUAGGGCAUCAACAAGAAAGAGGAACACAAAUCCACCAGCACAGGGAGACACAACAAGAAAGAGGGACUCUAGGACACCAACAAGAAGGAGAGAUGCAGAUUAAUCAGCAAGAAGGACAGACACAAGGACACGAACAAGAAAGAGGGACUAUAGGACACCAACAAGGAGGAGACAUACAUUUCCACCAACAAGAAGGAGAGACACAGGUCCACCAACAAGAAAGAGGGACUCCAGGACUCCAACAAGGAGAGACACAAGGACACCAACCAGUCGAAGGAGAGUUCAAAGGAUUAGAACAAUCUGAGCAUCCACAAAACUGUGUAUCUCCAUCAAGUUGUUCCUCAGAUGAGGAAGAGCAGUACACACGCCCAAGAAGGUUCAUCUACCCUAACCUAUCUAAAUCAUCAAGUGAACUCCAAAAUCAUUUUGACAGUGAUGAAUCUGACCUUGAUCCAACAUAUCGACCAGAGGAGGGUAGCAACGAGGAAUACAGCAGUGAUGAUGAGGCAACUCUUGAGAUUCAUCCAAGAAAUGUUCAAGUGCGCAAGAGACCAUCUUCUGUUAUAUCUACACCAGAUGAAAAACCUACAAAGAUUUAUAAACAGUGCCUUCCAGGAUCAUUUUCAGGGCCAGAAUUGCCACAUCAGAAAACCAAUGAUAAUAUGGAAACGACACACAAACACGAGGACAAGAAAACAAGGUACAAGAAGCCAUCAAGGCCAUGCCCUUUCUGCAACAAAGCUUGUGGUGAAAAGCUCUCGAGACACAUUUGUUUGGUACAUAAGGAUAAGGAGCAGGUGAAAUCUGCCAUGCAGCUGCCAAAGCGGGAGAGAGACAAGGUGUUCUCAAAGUUCAGGAAGGAAGGCAUAUACCAAGUAAAUAGAGAACGAAUGAAAGAUGACAACCCCAUUUAUGAAAGAGAAAAGUUACCAAAAUCAGGGAAUGAUGACAACCUUAAAAUGUGCAGUAACUGCAAGGGCUUUUACAGCUCACAUUUCUUCUGGCAUCACAGGAAAGUUUGCCAAGGUGAUAUAUGCACUCCAUCUGAAGGAGUACCAGUAAACCUCAUGGAAGGGAAAGAUCCAGUGUAUCAAAAACACCCAGACUUUGUCACUGACAUACUUAGUAGAUUCCAGAAUGAUGACGUUGGGAAUACGUGUAGAACGGACAAAGUGAUAGUUAAUGUUGGACAUCGACUGUGGACUAAACACAGAUCCAAAAAAGACAAGAAACUUGAAGUAAGAAAAUCAGUUAUGGCUGAUAUGAGAAGACUUGCCACCUUAUACACUGAGUUUAAGAAGAAACACGAGGUUCAUGGGACUGCAGAUCUCACAAUGGGACAUGCUGGAGACAUGUUCAGUAGAGAGCACUUCGAAUCUUUGACAGAGGCAAUCCAGACGCUCACUUAUGAUGAAACUGAAGGCAAACUAAAGCCAGGACUGAAACUCUGCUUGUACUUUGUGCUGAAAAAAGCUAGCAAAAUCACUAAAGCUAGUUUUCUUGUAUCCAGGCUAGAUGAAGAUGCAUCUGAGAUUGACAAGUUCGUAGAGAUUCUUGACUUGAACCAGAAUUUGAUUUUUGGGGAUGCACACUACGAAAUCCAAAAGAAUCGCCAAGUGCGUUUGAGGAAGCCUGCAGAGCUCCCGCUUGAGGCUGACAUUGAAGCAUUGAAGACAUACACUCAAAAGAAAGUCACAGAAAUCAUCUCUGAUGAGUUCCUGGUUUGGGAUUCUCACACAUUUGUAGAGUUACGAGAUCUGACUUGCUCGCGAUUGACAUUGUGGAAUGCAAGGCGUGGUGGAGAACCCAGCAGGCUUACAACCGAAGAAUGGAGAGAUGCAGAAGAGGGUGUAUGGAUGCAGAAAGACAAGAUUCAUGAAGUUAAAAAUCCAGCCCAUCAGGAACUUUUAUCUCAGCUCAAGAUAUGCUACCAGACUGGGAAGGGCACUAAUCGCUUGGUUCCAGUCCUGUUCCCAAGAGACACUGUGAAACCUGUGCAACUUCUAUGUGAUCAGGAAAUCCGGCAUACAGCAGGAAUAAGACCUGAUAAUAAGUACAUAUUCGCUUGUACUCAAAUGUCUCAUGACCAUGUUGGAGGGUGGCAUGCUCUAAAGAAUGUCUCAGACAACAUCAGCCUUUCGUCCAACGUUACGGUGAAUGCCACCAAGAACAGGCACAGAGUGUCUACAAUUUACGCAUCCCUCGACUUGCCUGAUGCUGACUUGGAACUAUUUUACCGGCAUAUGGGACACUCCUCUACAAUCAAUCAAACAAUCUACCAGACCCCACUUGCCAUCCAAGAAAUCACCCGAGUAGGGAGUCAUCUCCAUCAUAUAGAUAUAGGAGGAAUGAGGGCACGCAAAGAAUCUGAAGCGUCUGAUGACGAUGGCUGCUCAAGUGCACCAGCGACCUCAAAGGAUGGCUGCUCUACUGCAACAUUGACCUCUGGGGAUAGGUCUUCAGCCCGAAGGUACAACCGCUGGUCAAAGCAGGGAAGCAAGCAGUGCAAGCAGUAUUUCUCUGCAGCAAUCAAACAAGGGGAACCAUUACCAGGGAGGAAGGCCUGCACCACUUUCCUGCAAAGACAUCAAAUCACCAUGGAAUGGCAGGCGGUAAGAAAUAAGGUGAUGAACGAAAGGAAUAAAGCAAAGAAAAACUUUGAUGACAGAGAGAGGAGCUUCCUAAACUAAUAAUAUUAGUUGGGUCAGAUCAUAUGGUCUGAUUAACAUCUUUUGUUGCCUUUUUUGGCACAAUACAUGUACCUUCACCUGUAUAUUCCAGUAGGUAUGUGGCUUCUAAAUGAAUAUUCAUGAAAGAGCUUGCACAAGGACUCAUCCUCGUUUUGUUUCAGUGUCAAGCCUGGUCCUUUAUCUGCACAUGCGCAACCUGUAACUUGCUCUAAUUUGUGAUAGAGCUGAAUUGAUGAAAGUCUAAUAUGGUGGGCAAAGAGGUCAGUUGAAACAUUGGUGUAAUGAUGAUUAAUGAGCCUGAAUGAAGUUAGUUUAUUUCGGUUUUCCCUGCCAUUGACUUAGUGUAUGUAUUAAAGAAAGUGCUAAAUGGUUAUAUAGUGGACAUUUUGUAACCUGGAUGUAUGCAAGUUAAAUGAAUAUUAAAGGUAAUACAAAGUUUUGGGAAUAUUUCACUAGGGUCGGAGAAUAACGUUUAAAUUUUCAUUAUCAUUGUAAAACCUUGUGUACGAAAAACCG